AUGACCCGUGCUGGCCAGACCAGCCCGAACACUGAUCAAAGCCUUUGUGCAUACCUGACGGCUGUAGCUAGACUCCACAAGACUAUCCGCGCCUCAGCCAAUCAGCGCACGCCUCGACUGUCUGUACUCCCUUUGGCUCGUCUAGCUAUCCAGACGACUACUUGUGCUGUAUGUCCGUCACUUAUCCCCGCCAAACCGGCACACACAAAUACACAGACAGACAGAGAUGUACCGGCAGACAGGACACUGUCGGAAGUGCACUAUGCAACCGACGACAUUGGCGACGCCAGUCCGGUCACGAGCCCCAGCUCUGGCUCCACCCUCACGAUGAUAGCUGUUUGA